CACGCAAGUAACUCAAAUGGACAGAACGUCUUCGACGAGAUAUAUUUGUUGAAAAGUACUAGCAGCUGUCUUUAAUUAUAUUAAAUUAUUGUAGUAUUCUUUAGUGUAAAAAUGGGCUCAGAUUACGCGCACAGAAAAUGGUGUCACCUGCGAAAAGUUUUGGAAAGGUCCGGGCCGUUUUGUAGGCCCGACUUUGAACCGUCGCCAAACACUUUACAGUUUCUAAGCGAAAAUUGCAAGUUAUUAGUAAUCGGGGCAGGAGGAUUAGGCUGCGAACUUCUCAAGGAUUUGGCGCUGAUGGGAUUCGGACAGAUUCAUCUAAUCGAUAUGGAUACUAUUGAACUUUCUAACCUCAAUAGGCAGUUUUUGUUCCGUCAUAACGAUAUCGGUGCCUCAAAGGCUGAGGUUGCAGCAAAAUUUAUAAACACACGAAUACCCGGAUGCAAUGUCACACCUCACUUUUGUAAAAUACAGGACAAAGACGAGGCGUUCUAUCGACAAUUUCACAUCGUAAUCUCAGGCCUAGACUCUAUUGUUGCCAGACGAUGGAUUAACGGCAUGUUGAUAUCUCUCUUAAAUUAUGAAAAUGGAGAACUGGAUCAGUCUAGUGUCAUACCAAUGAUAGACGGAGGUACGGAAGGAUUUAAAGGAAAUGCCAGGGUGAUUUUGCCUGGCCUGACUGCCUGUAUCGAAUGUACAUUAGAUCUUUAUCCUCCACAGGUUACAUAUCCACUUUGCACCAUAGCAAACACCCCACGUUUACCCGAACACUGCAUCGAGUACGUAAAAGUAAUACAAUGGGCGAAAGAAAAUCCAUUUGAUUGCCCCAUCGAUGGGGAUGAUCCACAGCAUAUAAAUUGGAUUUAUGAAAAAUCAAACGAAAGGGCUGUUCAGUUCAGCAUUCAAGGCCUGACGUAUAGACUAGUUCAGGGUGUUGUUAAAAAUAUUAUACCCGCCGUUGCGUCUACCAAUGCAGUUAUUGCUGCAUCGUGUAGUACAGAAGUAUUCAAACUAGCAACCAGUUGUUGUUCAUCACUGAACAAUUACAUGGUAUUGAAUGAUUUGGAUGGGAUUUACACUUACACAUAUGAAGCUGAGAAGAAAGAUGAUUGUCUAGCUUGCAGCCAGAUCCCAAGAGAAAUACAAAUCAGCAAUUCGGCACUCAAGCUGAAAGAUUUGUUAGCAAUUUUAUGUGAGAGGAUUGAUCUGCAGAUGAAGAAUCCUGGUAUAACUGCAAAUGUCGAUGGGAAAAACAAAACUCUUUACAUGCAAACAGUAGCUAGCAUCGAGGAGAAAACCCGAGAAAAUUUGAACAGAUCCCUUAUUGAACUAGGUUUGAAGAAUGGAUCUGAAAUAAUGGUGGCUGACAGUACGACGCCAAAUACAGUUGUAAUGAAACUAAAAUUUCCAACCAGUACUACAGAUGUAGAAAUGUUAUAACUCUCAUCGGACAUUUUUUUACACAUGAUAAUCAUGUGAUAGAGAAAAUAUUGUCUAUAUAUUGAAUCCUAAGAUAUUUAUAUAUAAAUUGAUUA